UUACCUGUCACACUCCCCUCUUCCUUAUACUAGUAGGUAAUUAUGGAGCAGGUGCUUUCUCGUUAUUCUGGCUGACUGGAGUGAAGAAAACAGGUUGUAUAGUUGAAGAGACAUGAAGUGGCAUCCUGGUAUUUUAGCUAAGUCCCCUAGCAAAAUGAACAAAUUUCUCUUCUGGAUCAUAGGAGUUACUGUUGUUUUCCUUGUCAUUAUGAAGUUUUCCUGCAUAUUUACAAGCAACAUGAACAUCAAUGUGUUUAUGGACAUUAUGAAACAAAGCAAGCCACUUUCUACAAAAGAAGAACUGCCCACUAACGAGACAAUAGUUGUGGAGAAACCAAAAUCGUUGACUGGUAUGUGGACUGUCAAUGCAAUUGGUCGCCUGGGUAAUUUAAUGGGAGAGUAUGCUUCACUUUACUCUCUUGCUAGGAUGAAUGGCCGACAAGCAUACAUCUUGCCAGAGAUGCACAAUCAAUUAGCAAGGCUGUUUAAGAUAAAAUUGCCAGUGCUUCACCGGGAUGUAGCUAACCGCGUUAAAUGGAGGAAUUACGGACUUCAUGACUGGAUGUCUGAUGAAUACCGACAUAUUGAAGGAGAAUAUGUUCAUCUUGGUGGCUACCCAUGUUCCUUUACAUUUUACCACCACAUAAAAGAUGAAAUUUUCAGAGAAUUUACAUUCCAUGACUUCAUUAAAGAAGAAUCCUAUGCAUAUCUGAACAAUGCGCGUGGUGACAGGAAAAAUGUCACUUUUGUAGGUAUACAUGUCCGUCGAGGAGACUAUGUGCAUGUUAUGCCCAACACAUGGAAAGGGGUGGUUGCUGACAAAGGAUAUUUGCAAAAAGCCAUGGAUUAUUUUAGAAAAAAGUAUGAAAACCCACUGUUUAUUGUAACCAGUAACGGGAUGGACUGGUGUAAGGAGAACAUUAAUAAUUCACUGGGAGAUGUUCACUUUGCUGGAGAUGGUCAAGAGGGAUCCCCAGGACGGGACUUUGCCCUCUUGGCACAUUGUAACCACACCAUCAUGACUAUAGGGACCUUUGGUGUUUGGGUGGGCUACUUAGUAGGUGGUGAAACCAUCUAUUUAACAAACUACACUCUGCCCGACUCUCCUUUUCUUAAACUUUUCAAGUAUGAAGCUGCUUUCCUUCCAGAAUGGAUUGGGAUUCCUGCAGACCUCUCUCCACUUUUGAAAAAGAAAGACCUUAACAUCAGUUUAGGAAUUGGCGUUUAACUCAAUACCAAGAGUAUUUGGGAAUUGCAUCUCUUUUGGAAAAGCAGUUGUGUUUUAUACAAUAUAAAAAAAGGAAUGCGAAUUGUAUUAAUUAUUGUAAUACCAUCUGGUAAGACAAUACAAUAAUUUUAAUACACUGUUAUGUACCAGAUAUAUGAACAUCAGAGGAUGAUAAUGGUCAGAGAAAUCACUCA